GAUGUAGUUUUUAAUACAUUUUUUAAAUAUUAUAAAUGCUCAAUUAUUAAAUUAUUGUUAUUUAGUUAUAUAAUCUGUGUUUCACAUUAUUAGUAUUGAAAAGUAGUAUUUUGCACAUAUUUUCUGUGUUGCCAUUGAAAUAAAAUGCAAUAUUAUUUGAUUUGGAAAGCAUUACAAAUAACAUGUGUUCAACAAACUAUGUCGUCAGGAAUUUAGCAGUCAGUUUUUCCUCCUCCUGUGAACGUUAAUGUAGUUUUUUUCAAAAUAAGAAUUUAAAAAUAAUAUUAGUAUUAAAAUGGUAUCUAAUCGGUAUGCUAACCUCACCCAGCUGGAGUUUUUCAGCUGCAUCUCUUCAUUCAAGUUCAUAUGGAAUGAGCUCAGUUGGCCUUCCAUUCAAUCCUGUGCCCAGAGUCAGAUCCAAAGCUGUGAGCUGGCUCAUCAUUUCUGGGACAUGGAGGAUUUUAAGGCAACACUACAGAAAGCUCACCAUAAUAUUGUAGUGUUGGAGCAUCAGUGCACAUGUUCACUGCUAACGCUCUCAAAAAUUGAUAUUUUCUAUUGUUAACGACCCACAUAAAAGUACCUGCAUGUGUGUUCCUUCUGUUCAGUAACCAAUGAAAAAAUAGAAAAUGGCCUAAAUAAGAAAAAUCUUUAAAAUAUCACUGUAAAUAUGACAAUAUGGACUAAAUAGUCACUACGUCUUUUAUUAGGAGCUGUAGCUUUGUUUACUGGCGUAUAAUUCUGAACAUAAAACACUUCAGUAAUUAAAAAAAAAAAUUAACAAAACUGAAGAUUAAUUGUGUAUUUGUGCUGCAUUCAAGUGUAUUUUGAGAACCGUUCCCAGAUUCCACUUACAAAUAUUUGUUUAAAUAAUAUGUACAGAAUGUACACAACACAUUCAUCACAGUGAACUGGAGACACUGACGUUCUUCCUAUGAAUCUUCACGUCUUCCCUCUAAUUAUGACAACACAAAGAAAACUUCGCACAUUUUUACAAUCUGCGUUUGAUUUACUGACGCUGUGGCUGCGGGUGUGUGUGUGCCUUCAGAGAGAUGCAUCUUCUUUUUUUGCAUCUAUUGUUCUUCACUUGUUAAAUAUCUGUGAUGGCUUUAAUGCCCCUUGAUAUGGGGAAACAGCGCCCCCGUUGGGCAGACAUCGGGAUUUCAUAACAACUGAGUUUUUUAAUUAAAUAUUUUAUUUUGUUUCCGAACUCACUUGACACAGUGAAAUAAAAUGAAAAAAAUAUAUAUACUUUUAAGUAACAUAUAUACAGUAUAUAUAAUUUACACAUGAUGUUUGUAAAUUUUUCUAAAUAAAAUUGCACUAUCGUGAGAUAUACAGGGUUUUUUUUAACGCAAUUCUCGAAUCAUAUUACUAUCAAGUAAAUUAAUUUAGAGUUCAAUCGUUUAAAAAACUAUAUCUGCGCAUCCACAAUGGAUACGAAGCAAGCUCCUGUCUCUGAGGGUACCGGAGCGAGAAAGAGAGAGAGAGCUAGAGGGAGGGGAGAGAGAGAGAGAGAGAGCGAGAGAGAGAGAGAGAGAGGUGAGGAGCUCAGCUCAGCUCCAGAUGGGCUUUAAACGCAGACAGAAGGCUUCAUCGAGGACAGAGGGAGAGAGAGGAGGAGGAGAGAGAUAGCCUCAGUCGUUACCCACAGUGGCCCGGUCAGUUCCACUCAUCACUGGAGACAAGUAGUCUCUGCAAACGUAUCAUUUUCCUAAUCCGCGGGAGGAAAACAACUUGACAGAGGCCCGGCGACAGCGAUUUUAACCGAGAAGAGGUGAAUACUUCUAAGCUUUCUGGGGGGAAAAAAGGAGGAAAAACAAGAAGAGCGCUCGGCGGAGGAUAAGCGCGUCACGGAGACAGAGGAGCAGGAUCACAGACACUGUCCGUACAGGCUUUAAAGAAACUAGUCUUUUUGGAGAGAGAGAGAGAAAAGAGGACUUAUUAAGGACUUAUUUCAGACGCUGCGGUGAAAUAUAUAAGGUUUAUUCAAAGUUGUCACGGGCGUAGAGGAUUUUGGACAAAAUAUCGUCCGGUUUACUCCGUUGACUGCCCGUUACUUUAAAAACACGUUGUUUUGUUUUAAUUAUCGGCUCGGUCGAGCUGACCACAGUGGAUUUUAAAGACUGUGACAAUUUGUCAUCGAUUUUUUUUAAGCAUCAGCGUGAAAACAACAAAGUGCAGAAAACCAAAGACGUCAAUGUUUCAAACACCCCGAACCGCUGCGUAAAUUUAACAAGUGGAGCUCUUUCCCCACUCUAUAAAUACAAAAAGGAAGACAUUCUACUUCAAUAAUUUGGUAUUUCCACCUGGAAACUCGAGAGCUUCCGCGAACUCCCAGAGGAAAGAUCAGCAAUUUCUCCGGUGUCAGCGUUGGCUUCCGUCUCGGACUGUCAGAGACAAAAAGUGUGGAAAUAAGAGCCGAGCAGGUUCACGCACUACCAGGCAGAGGCUGAGCCACAGAUGAUGAAGACUGAGUCGGUAUAAAAACUGCCACAGAGACCAUUGGCUGUGGAUUAUCAACGCUACAAUUACCUCAAAUUGACCUCGACCUUCACAAAGUAGCAGAGUGCUGAAGGUUGGAACAAUGCCAGAUUCACCUGCGGAUGUGAAAACCCAGCCCAGGUCUACCCCACCCACCAUGCCUCCACCACCCCCGGCUGUCAGCCAGGCAACCAAUCGCAGCGCUUCGUUCACCCCCACUACUAGUAAAUCAAUGCUGAAUGGGAGCAGCCACUCUCCGACUUCACUAAACGGUGCUCCGUCCACCCCUAAUGGCUUCAGUAAUGGGCCGGCCAUGUCCUCCACGGCUUCCUUGUCCAACCAGCAGCUCCCGCCCGCGUGCGGCGCCCGGCAGCUUUGCAAGCUGAAGCGCUUCCUGACCACGCUGCAGCAGUUCGGCAACGACAUAUCGCCCGAGAUUGGAGAGAGAGUGCGCAGCCUUGUCUUAGGACUGGUGAACUCCACCUUGACCAUAGAAGAGUUCCACUCCAAACUCCACGAGGCAACAAAUUUCCCUUUGAGGCCGUUCGUUAUUCCCUUCCUCAAGGCCAACCUGCCUCUGCUGCAGAGGGAGCUGCUUCACUGUGCUAGGUUAGCGAAGCAAACCCCAGCUCAGUAUCUGGCCCAGCACGAGCAGCUUCUGUUGGACGCCAACGCCAGCUCGCCGUUGGACUCUUCGGAGAUCAUGCUGGAGAUGAAUGAACACGGCAAGAGGAGGACCCCAGAAAGGACCAAAGACGGCUCAGACAGAGAUGGUCUACAUCCAGAGCACCUAGCGAAGCGACCCUGCACCAUCAGCCCCAGCCAGCGUUUCAGCCCCAGCACGGGUCUUCCGCCCCACCCUCCACCCAACGGCCUCCCCACGCACCCACCCAAUGGCCUACCCCACCCGUCCAACCACCAGGUGGCACCGCAGCACUAUCGCCUAGAAGACAUGGCGCUGGCCCACCAGUACAGAGACGUCUACAGACAUAACGAACACCGCGACGUCCGGGAAAGACAUCGGCAGACGGCAGUUCACGGAGCUCGCCAGGAGGAGGUGAUUGACCACCGACUAACAGACAGGGAGUGGGCGGAGGAAUGGAAACACCUCGAUAAUCUCCUAAACUGCAUCAUGGACAUGGUGGAAAAGACGCGCCGCUCCCUGACCGUGUUGCGCCGCUGCCAGGAGGCCGACCGCGAGGAGAUGAACCACUGGAUCCGCCGCUACAGCGAUGUGGAGGAGAUGAAAAAAGGUGGGAGCAACGGACAGCACUGCCUUCCUCCUCUUCCUCCUCCCACUCCUCCUCACCACAACUCCUCCUCCAACAAAGCUAGCAGCAGCGAACUCUCGCCCUCGGCCACUGAAAGGCAGACGGGCAGACAGACAGAAAUCCACAGAGACUUCCUACACAGGCCUCCCUCAGGAUACCUGCCAGAGGAAAUCUGGCGAAAAGCCGGUACUACAAGCAUCCCGCUCUCCCCAGCACUAAAGCACCUCCAAAACAAGCAGGAGGAGGCAGUGAACGAGGUGAAGCGACAGGCCAUGACGGAGCUGCAGAAGGCCGUGUCGGACGCCGAGAGGAAGGCCCACGAGAUGAUUUCGGCCGAACGCUCCAAGAUGGAGAGGGCGCUGGCCGAGGCCAAGAGGCAGGCCUCGGAGGAUGCACUUACGGUCAUCAACCAACAGGAGGACUCCAGUGAAUCUCACCAGAGCUGCUGGAACUGCGGGAGAAAGGCCAGCGAGACGUGCAGCGGCUGCAACACCGCUCGCUACUGCGGCUCCUUCUGCCAACACAAGGACUGGGAGAAGCACCACCACGUCUGUGGACAAGGCCUGCAGGGGAUGCCGGGGGGCAGCAGCAUCCCUCUGGGCACUCCCACCAGCACCUCGGCAUCUUCCGGCGCUCCCCCAACUCACUCCGAGAGCGCCCCCCCAGGACCGCUCUCCCUGGUGGGCCAGAGCAGUAUUGCAGGAGUGGUCGGCGGCGGGAGUGUUUCUGCCAGCCCCAAGGAGAGCAGUUCUAGCAGUGCCUCACGCUCCACCACCCCAGCCACCCCGGCUCUACUGGACGCCACCUCGCGCUGACGUCCAGCCCGUGCCGCCUCCCUGGAUACACAAACCAAACUGAGGAAUCUUUCAUUGCACACCGCUCUCUCCCCUCCUCUCUUACACCUCAGCUCUUUUUCCCCCUUUUCAGUCUGCAGCUCUUCUUUCCCACCACCAGGCGACAGACUUGAUCUUCAACCUCCACCCGGAAACACUUUUCCCUUCAUCAAAAACACAGCCGGUGUCUCCUGUCACAGAAACAUAUCAGACGUGUUUGCUGAGAAUGUGAUCUAGGCAUGGUGAGAUGACACAAGACAAGGGUGGUAGUGUUGUGACAUCAUCGGGGGGGAGUGGGAUGUCAACGCCCAAAAGCACUUGGGUAGGAUUUCCCUUUAAGUACCAAUGAGAGAAUAGUAUCCGACCCCAGGAUUUGCACCACUAAUCCAGACAGUUCACUGACGUGGCACUUUUAUUUCUACAGUGUCCUAAUGGAAACAGGUGAGGAUCAAAAUCCCUCCUCCGGAAGCUGAGGGGUAAGGGGUUGAAAAACCUGUAACGCGCUGAAUUCAUCGAAAACACAGCUUAGUAUUUAUAUUUUAAAAAACAAACAAAAAAAGAGGUUUCUUUCUGGCUUUAAGAGACAUCAAAGAAAAGCCCAAAUAUUCUAAAUAAGGAAGAGUAGUGAUGUUGGUGAACACAAUAAUAAUAAUAAUAAUAAUAAUAAAAAAAUGAACCUGCUAACUACCUUGCUAGCAAGCCAAGAAAAUCUACACCGGACUCACCUCGCUCUACCAUCGUGAACCCAAAUGAUUUCAAAGAAGAAUGAAGACUGACGUUAUCCAAACCUUUGUAUUACACUGCCAAAGUGAGUAAGUAAGCGAUACGGAGAAGCACUAAUAACCAAACACAAAGCAACACCACCUCCUCGGCAGAAAAGCCAGCACUGAGAGAAGCAGCAGGCUGACCAGUAGCUCCCAGCAGUGGAUGAGCCGACAAAGAGACGCGCAGUCCCGUGGAGACAGCCUACGAGGAUUCCUCAGUGAUGAAAAGACAACGCUGUGAAGUUGACUCUGAGAUGGACUAAACCCUGUCACAGUGUGUCGUUUUCACGAACGUGACCAGAACAGGACAGGAAAAGCCAAAUGGCCUUAAAGGAGAUGAAGGAAAUACCAACGUGACAACGGGGCUGCCAAAAAAAAAAAGAACGUACAACCUGCUUAAAAAAAAAAAAAAAAAAAACUUUUCCUGACGGCAUCAAACACCACAGAUGAGAUCAAUUGGAAGUCGUUUUUUUUUUUUUUUUUUUAAAGUUCCAGCAAGACCAGACACUUAAAGGAUUUGCUGUUACCUUUACAUUCACACCCUUCUUUUCCAAAGCAUGACGAACAGACGAUGAAGAGCCUAGCAGAGGAGGAUGUAACCUUCAUCAUCCUCUCUUUCUACCUCCCCUCACCCCGCACCUCCUUUCUACGCUCUUUCCAGACUACUUGACUCUGGGUUACCCCGGCCCGCCGUCUGCCUCGGACACAGCAGCGCCGUGAGCCGGGGGGGUUAAGACCUACUUGUAGAUAUUGUUCUUCUUUUCAUUCUUUUUAAAUACUGUCUCUUGUUGCUGAUGUCCACAUGUGCUGCCCCGCGUGUACCCCGAAAGACGGACUCUAUUUUGUUUCUGCUACCUUUUUAAUCUCCCUGCCUCCCUCCCUUUUUUUUUUUUUUUUUUAUGUUUCGGGCAGUGAAGUCAGAGCAAGGACAUCUGUCCGUGAACGGAAGUCUCACGUGUACUUGUUGUUUGAUUUCGUGUAUCUAUACUGAUGAGAUGAAAGCCCCUCCUGUAGAAUAUGUUGUAUUGCUCGCAUUGUAAGACAGUGAGAGGACAGAGGUGCAAUAUGAAGAGAAUUCAGCUACUGAAUGGAACCUCAGCAACUGCCCAUAGGGUGUCAUAUAAUAUAGAUGCAUAUAAAUAUAUUUAAAGCAACAUCGGUAACUUAAUGUGAAUGUACAUAGUAUUUAAAGAGGUCCAAAAAUGUGUUUGCCAAAUAUCAGAAACCUUUAAAGUUCAACGUCCAGAAUAUGAUUUCUCUCACAGUACAUUUCAUGACUUCUGAAUCCGCCCCCAAGCCGUAAACAAACAUCCAAAACGAGGUGUGCUGAGAACUGAUGAACAACCAUCACACAGGUGGAUGGACGUGACAUGACGUCCCAGACAUUCAUUCUAUUUUUCAUCCGAUCUUUUUUGCCACGUCCGUCCACAUUGUUUUGUAUCAGAAGUAUCCGUUCAACAGUUAGUUUAUGUUGGUCCCUUCAAGGCAAGGUCACGUCACAGCAGGAGGUGUCACGUUUACAAUCGACAUACCCUUAUUUGAGCUUCUGUGUGCGCCCAAAAUGUUAUUACAAGUGUAAUGCAACAGGAACUUUCUCAAUACAUAUCACCCAAAUUUGUUAUGAUAAAAAAAAACAAAAAAAAAAACAAUUCAAGCACAACCCUCCCUUCCUAUUAUUCCAGGGUCAGGGAGUGUCAAGUCUUUGUUCAUAGUGAUGACAUUUACUUCCUUUCCACUAAACCGUGAUUGGGUAGAAAAUAACUGACUUGGCACUCGACUAGUGUGGUCUAACUGAGUGGGUUUGAUGUGGGUUUCCUGACAGACUUCACUUGGAAUAAUAUUUAGAGCUCACUAAGAGAAAAAGACAGUGAUUUUUCUCAUUUAACCACGACUCUGCUCAGUAAUCUCCGAUAACAAAUCAGUGCGUUGAACUCCACCGUAGCUCGCCGUCAAAACUACGUCAUGUUGCGUUUACACAAACACUGAUCUGUUCGUUCCGGUUGCACUUCCGUUUUUUUUUUUUUUUAUCUUGUUCGACCCCUGCGUGUAUGGUUUGUGUGUGUAUGUGGUUAGCAUUACUUUUUCGGUGCAGGACAUUACUGUAGAAUGGAGUGAAAUACCAGUGUUAAGCUACAGUAAAACUUCAAAGCUACGUUUAUUUUAUUUAUUUUUUUUAUUUUUUGUAAAGAUACAUAGCGGCUUAAAAUCUCGAUUCAGUCCGAGACCGAUGCAUUACAGUUGCAGUCGGACGCCUUCAACCGCUACAGCGAGAGUACGUUAAAAUAGUUCCAAGACCCUUGUUACUCGUGCAUGACUUCUUACACUCGCCCAUGGUCGCACAUGAUCAGCCUCAACCACUUGGACCAAACUAGUAAAAAAAAAAAAAAAGUAACGACAUUUCUUCAAACCCUGAGGUUCUACAGGACAGGGAAAUAAAACCCCUUUGUUUUUUCCUGAUGAGAUAAGCUGCGAGGUUCUCCUGCAUCUGUACGUGUCACUCAUGUACUGUGUACUGUAUGUGUGUUAUAAGUACUUUGGUUUAGUGAUGACCCCCCCCCCCCCUGACCCCCCUGUUCUGUUUGUUGUCUGUCACUUCAUCCACCAUUACUGGUCCUCUCCUGUCCUCUCUCCUCUGUCCUCUCUUACAUUUUAGCUACCUCCUGUGACCAUACAGCUAAACACCAGGAGAGGUCGACCUGGACUUUAAAAGCAGACAAGUUGGUGCUUCAUUUAAAAGUGGCUCUGAGUUGAAAAAAUAGGUGUUGAAAAGAACUGUCAAAAAAAAAAA